AUGAAGACCCAUUCUGUUUGCUUUCCCAUCUUGGCAACACUUGCCCUCAGCGUCGCAGUGACCAGAGCUAACGUGAACAACAACAACAUUCCCCGUGGCGUCUCUCCCUCCAACGCCAAAUUGUAUGUGCCUGACAGCGGCAGCAACUGGAGCUGUCUUGAUGGGUCCAAGACGAUCCCCUUCUCGGCUGUCAAUGACGAUUAUUGCGAUUGCGUCGAUGGUUCUGACGAGCCUGGCACAUCGGCAUGCGGAACAGGGCGGUUUUAUUGCGCCAACAUUGGCCACACUCCCUCAAGUAUCAAGACCUCAAGGGUUAACGACGGUGUCUGUGAUGAGGAGUGCUGCGAUGGCUCGGAUGAGUAUGACGGUCAGACUCACUGCCCUAAUAUCUGUGAUAAGGUUGGAGCCAAGGCCAGGGAAGAGAACGACCGUAUCCAAUCGAUCCAGAAUGAGGGUGCUCGGUUACGUAGAGGGUUCAUCAAGUACGGAAAGGCCAACAAGGUUUCGUUGACUAAUGAGCUCGAGACUCUGAAGGGUCAGGUCGACAAGGUCCAGGAGACACUUAGCGAUGCCAGAGCUAAACUGGAUGCGGCUAAUGAGGCACAGGAUGCUUAUUUGGAGGGCAGCAAGAGCGAGCGUGAGGCGGCGCGUAAACAACAGUUGGAGCCCAUCAUCCAAGAACAGACCAAGCGUCUCAAGUAUGCCACUGAGGUCAGAGACACGUUGAAGCUCACCCUUCAAAAUCUCAAGGAGAAGCACAACAAGAACUAUCACGAUCUUGCAGUCAAAGGCACUGUCUCUGGAUUCGACGAGUACAUUGUUGCACAGGGCGAGAAGACAGAGACUGCAAAGGAAGACUCGGAUAUUUCGUCGGAUCGCCAGUUUGAUGCGUUGGUGGACGAGACAUCUGUGGUCCUGAGGGAUAUUGGAACCUUGCACGAUCUCUUGGAUGGCAUGAAGCGAGACUACAACACCGAGUACAACGAUGAGGCGGUGUUGACUGCUGUCAAGGUCACGGAGGACUUUGAAGUAACCUGGGACUCGAGCAGACUGGACUUUGUUGAUGUCGAGCAUUUGGUUCUUCCUGAAGAGUUGCCAGUCGACAACCCUGAGGCCGAGAAGUUCAAAGAUGAAACGGAUUUGGCUCAGGAGGCAUUUAACGACGCGAGCGAGAAGGAGAGCAAGGUCCGAGAAGGCAUUCGGGAUAUUGAGCGCAAGCUAAAUAUGGAUUUCGGACCUGACGAGACUUUUGCUCAGCUUGCCGAUAACUGCUUCGACUUUAAGGAUUCCGAGUACACUUACUCAAUCUGUCUGUUUGGUGAUGCUAACCAGAGUUCACACUCCAGCACGCACCUUGGCAAAUUCUCGGGAUGGGAAGGGGACAGCUAUGAUAUCCAGAUGUACACAGGAGGCGCGAAAUGCUGGAACGGACCUGAACGAUCGGUCAAGUUGGUGAUGUCCUGUGGUACCAAGACCGAGAUUGUCUCUGUGGCGGAGCCUGAGAAGUGCGAGUACUUGUUUAAGCUCCAGACACCUGCUGUCUGCCCAGUCCCCGAGGAUGAAGUUGAAGAUGAGGGAGAUGCUGAGGAGCAGGAACAGGAGCAGAGUGUGGAAGGAGUUCAGCCGGAAGGAGAGGAGCAUAUCCAGAAGCACGAUGAGUUGUAA